AAUGUGCAUUUGCAUCUUCCCAGGCUAGCACCUCGCUUCCCUCGCUUCCCUCGCACUCAAAAUUUCUCCUAAUAUUUUUGAUUGUGCAACAGAGAGAUCUCACCAUAUCAGGUGGGUGAGAGAGAUCCAGGGAACUCUCAAAAAGGUUCGAAUGUAUAUAACAUACGUUGAAUCAAUCAAUCAAGGUACCUAUUUUAAAGCCAUUCAUAGCUCUCUCUGUACGUACUGAAGGCUACGUUGCAGCAACACACGAAUACUAGCUACGUUGCAGCAACACACGAAUACUAUCUGCCAUUACAUCUAUGUUUGGAGGUCAAGUGACAGCGCCAAGCAAUAGUCCACAUUUGAGGAAGUCGGGUAGCCGACCUGUUGUCCUUGAUCUUGUUGGUGAGCAGGGAAAUGGUGCAGAGGAAGGUUUCUUGCAUUCGACGGAGUCCAAUGAUUUGAAGAGUAUGAUUACGCCUAUAAGCACUGCUGCAAUAAUGCCAUCUCCAAUAUUAUUAUGGAGAUUCAAGGUACUAUUAUUCUUUCUAUGGGGUUUCAUUUGCUGCAAGACUGGAUGGGAUUCUGUCAUGAGAAUGAGUGUGGAUUUGCGGGACCUCUUUCUAUACGAGGCAUUUUUAUAUUACAAUCCUCUUCUUCUUGUGACUAUGAUGGUUUGGCUUUGGGGAGUUAAUUUAUGGGUUUUCGCUCAAUCUACAGUUAGUUAUGCAAAAAUUUUUUAUCUUGACCAAAAUCAUCUUACUCACAGAGAAGUAUGGAAGGUUGCCACAUGGAUGACUAUCAUUGUCCCAACUAGCAUGACUGCAUAUCUUUACCUUUAUUCUCAUGGAGAAGUAACAUUGGCUGCAUCACAACCAGUCCUCUUAUACUUUGCUGUUCUGAUGGUUUUUAUAUUCCCCUUCGAUAUUUUUUAUUUGUCAUCGCGCUACUACUUGUUAAGGACUCUCUGGAGAAUAGUUUUUCCACUACAGGCAAUUACGUUUUCUGACUUUUUUUUGGCUGAUGUUUUGACCUCCAUGUCAAAGGUAUUUUCAGAUUUGGAACGUUCAGCAUGUCGAAUGCUCCAUCGACAGGUUGCCACCAUUGCAUGGUUUGAAGCUGAUUCUGUUUGUGGCAGCCACUCCGUUGCAAUUCCUUUAGUCCUUGUUUCACCUUAUAUUUUUCGAUUGUUCCAAUGCCUUCGGCAAUACAAGGAUACUAGGGAGAAAACAAAUCUCUUUAAUGCUUUAAAAUAUUCAACUGCAGUGCCAGUGAUUUUUCUUUCAGCGCUUAAAUAUCAUGUCUUCCCUGAUAGAUGGACAAAUUUUUAUCGGCCUCUCUGGCUUCUAUCAAGUGUUUUGAACUCAUUGUACUCGUUUUAUUGGGAUGUGACUCGGGAUUGGGACUUGAGCUGCUUCACACGAAUUUUCAAAUUUAACAAACCAAGUCUCUUCUCUUACCUGCUCUAUGGACGAAAAUGGGUAUAUUUUUGGGUCAUAGGAAGCAAUUUGGUUCUGCGUUGCACUUGGACGUACAAGCUGUCUGCCCAUCUCCGUCAUAAUUACCUCACUGUGUUUAUGAUCACUGCCUUGGAGAUGGUCCGCCGUUUCCAAUGGGUUUUCUUCCGUGUUGAAAAUGAGUGGAAUAAAAUGAGCUCCAAGUCAAAUAUUCAGCUCUCAGUAAAUGAGAUCUCAACUGAGGAAACCAAGUUACUAUCUUCCACUGACCAUAAUGUAUAGACAACUAUGGAGGCUUUGAACAAUGUCCUCCAUAUUUUUGCGGAGAAGGUUUUGUUCAUUGCAUUUUUAAUUUCCAAUUAUAUAAUUUUUUUGUUCAUAGAGGAAAGAACUGUUCAACAUUUACAAAGCUACUAGAUUUAUAUCUUGUCAUAAUUAUGUUUUAGUGUACUGAUGAGAGCUUCCAUAUAGAGGAUGUUCAUUUUGUCAAA